CGUGUGAUCACACAUGGCCCCUAGAGUCUGGAGAUUGCUUUGUUUUUCUUAUUUUUACAGAAUCAGUUGCUACUUGCAUGAGUGCUGUCAUUUGCUACUAGAUACGACAAUGUUAUUUCGCCUGACUAGUAACCGUCUCCAUGCAUGUGUCCAGCUUCUGCCGUGAGCGCUCAGUGAGAGUAGAUGUGUCUAGAAAAUGGAGAAUAUCACUGUGAUAGCAGCAGGCAUACACUGAUAGAAUCAAGUGUUUAAUACCGAACAGCGAUGGUGUGCAUUUCUUAGUAAACUGAUAUCCAUAUUUUUGUAGUCUAAUUCUAAAAGUUCAAAAGUUAAUGGAUAAUUUAUAUGAACUGAUAUAUAUGUCUGCAUGUAUAUGUCAUGCGAUUUGUCACUUCCAGCUUAGAGUUUCGUGAUUAAGUUCUAAGCUUAGUAUAGUUAAUUAAUCAUUGUUCCAGUGACUGGUCUUACUGAGUGAGUAUGCUUAAGGCACAUGUGACUACCAUGUGCCAAAAAAAAAAAAAAAAAAGAACUGACUUGAACUGAAGUGAAUGAGGACAGGCAAUUAUAGAUAUAAGCUCUAAUAAUGGUGCUUCUAAGGUUUGUGCGCAAUGCAGGGGCCUUAGGCAUUGUCAACAGAGUUGUCAGUUGGCAGUGUCUGUCAAGGACUGCAGAGAAUGUGUGUGGUAAAGUUGUGCUCAUGAAGAGCAAUAAAGGACUCGAGGCUGUGACUUUUUUGUGGGCUAGACACUGUACAUCAAGGAGGAAAGAGGAGGAAAGAGUUCUGCAUUUGCCAGCUAUGGUUGAAGAAUCCAUGGACAUGCUCAGACCACAAGAUCAUCAGAUGAUUGUGGACAUGACAUUUGGAGCUGGUGGACACACUCGUGAAAUCCUAUUACGGGCUCCAAAGGCAACUGUGUUUGCUCUAGACAGAGAUCCCCUGGCUCACAGUCUUGCUCAAGAUCUGGCAAAGGAAUAUGAGCCUGGUCAGAUUAUUCCUCUGUUGGGGAAAUUCUCUGACCUGCCCACACUGAUGAGUGAACAGGGAGUGCUGAAGAAUGAAGUGGAUGCUGUGUUGUUUGAUGUAGGGGUAUCGUCUAUGCAGUUUGACAGACCAGAGAGAGGAUUCUCCCUCAGUAAGGAUGGACCACUGGAUAUGAGAAUGGAUGGAAACAGGAACACAGGCCAACCAACAGCCGCUGAUGUGGUGAAUGUGUUGGACGAGCAGGAGUUAUCACUGAUAAUAAAGAAGUACGGAGAAGAGAGACUAGCAAGACAUAUCGCUCAUGCUAUUGUGGAAUCUCGCUACACUUUUGGGAAGAUAACAAGAACUAAACAGCUGGCGGAUAUCGUUUCUACAGCAUUUCAAGGGAGUCACAAGAGAGACAAAUUAAUGAGACACUCACACGUCGCCACAAAAACUUUUCAGGCCCUACGCAUAUUUGUGAAUGACGAAUUGAACGAGCUUAACAAUGGCCUUGAGGCUGCAAGAUACUUUCUUAAAGCAGGAGGUCGUUGUGUGGCCUUGACCUUCCACUCGUUGGAAGACAGAAUUGUUAAACGACAUUUCCAUGGCAUUGUCAUGGAAUCUAAAUUUAACAUGGGGGCCUCGGCUCACUAUAGAAACUCUUUACGGGUUCACAGCCUGCAAGAUGUGAUGACAGUCACAGAAAAAAAAUGGACUCCCAUCAGCAGGAAGGUUGCCAUACCUAGUUAUGCUGAUAGCCUGGAAAACCCCCGUGUUCGUUCAACUAAGCUUAGAGGAGCCAUCAAACUGUGAAACCUGUGUUCUAAACUGUUUGAAAUCUUGAGUCAUUAGAUAGACUAAAAUAGACUAAACUGAAGACUAUUUUAAACUAAAAUAAACACACUAUUACACUAUUAAAAUAUGA